CUCCAUUUGCAGCAGCGCCUGCGGUUCCUGAGCGCCGCCACCAGGGGGCGCCGAGCGGCGCUGAAACCGCUGCAGGAGCAGGUUGUGGGCGUGGUGCGGGCGGGGCCGGGCUCGGCCCUUCCCCCUCUGGAGGGGGCGUGGCUGCGGCGCCGGCAGCUGGCACUGGGAGCACUGGGAGCACUGGGAGAGGAGCCCCGCCCCCCGGCACAGGCCACGCCCCCUCUGCGGGGGCUGGCACGGGAGAUGGGCGUGGCACAGGGCUCGCUGCUGUCCCAGGCGGCCAUCUUGCGUCAGCAGCUCCGCCAGGGGGCGCUGCGCCUGCGCCGGGGGGCGGGGCCUGUCCUGGGGGCGGAGACAGAGCCGCUGGCCCCACCCCCCCUCACCGUGGAUGUGGCCGAGCUGCUGCCCCGGCUGCGAUUGGUCAGAGAAGGCUGCGAGCAGCGAAUCAGGGACUGGCCCCGCCUCCAGGAGCUCGUCAGCCAAUGGUGGGCCCAGCCGGCUCAGUGGGUCCUGGCCACGCCCCCUGGCUGCGCCCCCUUCUCCCAUUGGCUGCAGCGCUGGAGAGACGCCGCCCACGCCUUGCAGGCCACGCCCACCCCCGAGGAGGCCCCACCCACCGUUGGGAAGGGGGAGGAGUGA